UCGGGCUAUUCGAUCUUGAACCUACCAAGUUGAAUCCAGCAAAAUACUAUCACCUUGUGAUUGAAGCGAUGAGGUUGGCCUCAGAAGACGGCUUGCUUCACGUUGCCGAUCCACAGUUCUCGAAUAUAGACCAACUGAUACGGAAGGACCAUGGCGAGAAGAGGAAAAAACUCCUUGAUGUCGAGAGGUAAGGCUGUGGGCAUCAUGGCACAUAUAUCGGGUUCGUUCUUCUUUAAAUAUCUGUUUCUUCUAACGGUGAUGGGUGAAGCUCACUAUCGAAGCAUCUACAGGCUCGGCUUACGAUGAUGCUCGAUUCCGGGGAACUGCUCGAGGUUGAACGCCGAGCAACGUUUCACAAGGAGGCUGAGCUACUUCAGAGGUUCGAAGAAGCAAGUCUUUGGCAGAAACGUGAACUCCGCUUGUUCCGAAGUUCCAGCAUUAUUUUCCUUUCAAGGCAUGCUUAUCCAAGGUAUGCCACGUUGUGGCACUAACUAUGUCACUAGAUGGCGUUGGCUAUCCGCCCACUCCCUCCGAUUUUCGUGAAAUGUCACUGUAGUGACGUCACAGCCGUAAAGCGGAGGCACUGCGAACGCCUUGAAGUUAUCUACUUGGUGCUGGCUAUGGACGUUCACAAGAGAUGUUUUCUUUCUAAACGAACAACUUGAAGACGAAACAAAACAUGCUAUGGUGUAAACAACGUCUCAUUUUUACCACUUAAUAACGCUCCGAUUAAUCCGCUAGGUUCGUGCCCCUCUGCUCGAAGGACCUGCCCAAUGGUAAACAGGGCGGCACUACCUUCAUGGCCGCUGUGGACCCCUGGGGAAACGCAUGCUCCUUCAUCACUAGCAUCGCUCAUCCCUUUGGCUGUACCACUGUCCCAGAGUAUGGAUUCGGAGUACACGCACGUGGCGAUGGUUUCAACACAAUGCUUGGACACCCCAACUGCGCAGCACCAUGCAAGAAGCCUUUUCACAGCUUGAUGCCAGUGUUGGUCACAGACAGCUCCUCAGGAAAACUGCUGUCUCUAGUUGGUACAGUGGGAGGGAGUGCACAACCGCAAGCAAUCCUGCAGGUUUUAUUGAACAUGGUCGAGCACGGUCUAAACCCCCAAGAGGCGAUUGACAAACCGCGGCUCAGAAUAGGAUGGAGCCGCAACUUUCAUCCGGAUGACCCACUCACAGUGGAAGACGACGUCGACGCUGAAUUAAUCGAGGGCCUGAAGGAAAGAGGCCACGCCUUCAAGCAGGUUGUCAGCGGCAUCGAUAGAUCGGACAUGGACCACGUCCAUGUCAUCACAAGGGGCAGAUGGUGGGACCCAGAGAGGUGCGGAUCAGAUGGCCAUGGGACUGAGGAUGGCGUUCUCUGGUGUGGCGCGGAUCAAAGAUGUGGCGGUGUCGCCAUGGCUUACUGAGAGAAAACCGGACACACUGCUCCCGAAAGGAUGCAUACAACUU